AUGGGCGCAGUGGAGCCGCUGGCGUGGAUGUCCGCCGCGGCGCGCAGGUGGCUGGAGAACACCCCGGGCCGGGCCUUAAACGCGCUGCCGCUCUCCGGCGUGCGCGUGUCCCCUCGCAGAGGGCGCGCGCUCUGCUCGCUCCGUGUGCCGCCCCACCUCACGGACGCGGAGGGGAACUGGCACGCGGGCGCCAUCGCGAUGGCGGCGGACGAUGUGUGCGCCGCGACCAUCAUGUCUGUGGAGGGCAUCGUCAAGGUCUCCGUCCACUACGACAUCUCCUACUUCACACCGGCCAAGCUCCAUGAUGAAGUGGAGAUGGAUGGUCGGGUGGUGGAGCAGAAAGGGCGGAUGACUGCGGUGGCGGUGGAGAUCCGGAAGAAGGAAUCCGGCGAGCUGGUGGCCAUCAGGAGGCAGUGGAUGACGGCCUCCAGGCCCAAAUGCGUUGCUGCUCACAGCAAGAUCUGA